UUAAGGUGUCAGAUUUCAUUAUUAUGUUCCACUGAAGGAUCCAUCAUCUACUUCUGCUUUUCAUUUCCUUUGCCGUUCUGUGUGUCAUCAUAUGCCUGCGUGUGGAUGGGGCUGAGACUGUCGACUGUAUGAGCUUCUUGAUUCAAUGUUGACAAUGCACCAGAGAAGCCGGCCACUCUGCAUCCAUGUUGUUGUUAUCGAUGAAUGGCGUUAAGAUGAAACGCUGUGCCACAUCUACAAGACAACUACAGACUUCUCAAGUUUGCAUAACUUAGUUAGGGAGAUGUGACAUUAUGACCGAGAGUGGGGGAAGUUUCCAGGAGUCCGGGAGCUUGUGCCAAAAUCCAGGAGAUUUCCAGACAUUCUGGGAGAGUUGAGAUGCCUGCUAAUAUCAUUUAAAAAGUCACAGAGAAGAAACAUAUAUGGCCCUAUUUCCCAGCCAGCAUCUACGAAAUUGCGAGCUGGCAUGCUGUUGAUUUCGCAUUUUCAGGAUGAUCCCGAUGCCUCCUGUAAUUUUGGCUCGCUGCACGCCAAGAGUGUCAGUCAAGAGUUAGCAGCUUAUUGCCAAUUUGGUGUAGCUCAUUGCAAUUUUUCGGUCAGACAGGUCCGCCUUUCACCCUUUUGCCACCCACCUGCUCAACCCAGGUCUAAGGCACAAGUUUCAGUAGCUAUUAAUUUCUGUUAAUAGUAUGCUGUUCAGUUUGUCUUUGAUAUUGUUAAAUGCCACAAGCUGGAAAAUGCAUUGGUUAAAUUCCUAUAUUUAUUUUUGUUUUUAAUUGUUUGUGGCUAUUCUCAUUGUAGACUGUGAUUGCUCAGAUACGAUGUCAUUAUUUUUCUUAGACCGGUGUGUAAUGAGAAGAAUGGCACAACGCAUCUUGAACAAUCUUUUCAUUUAAAUUAUGUGACAGUAGUUAGUGCUCUGCGCAAAUUACGGAUAGAUUGCAUUUGUACACUCAGUUUGAGAAUUAAUCCAACAAUAUAUCCAAUAAUAUUUUGCAACAAUUUCUCUCUUGGCAUAGAUGUAAUAUCAAUGUACAUGUGAAGACAUAAUUACAGUUUUUUUAAACAAGGAAUGACCAUUACACCUACUAUGAUGUGGUUACUACCAACAUCUCUGAGCAGUCUAUCUUGCAGUUAAGAGAACUAAACUACAGUGUUUCCAAUGUAUGCCAGUACCAUAUAUGCAAGCUGCAUUAGUUAUCUCCUAGCAUAUCUUCCUCACUAAUAUCAUCCAGUUGUGCUCAGUGUCAAAGAGACCGAUAAACAACAAGACGUGUUGUCAUUAUUUUUUGUCUGGCAGGCCGGCUACAUCUAUAGAUUGCCUGGGCCAAGUUCAAGUUCAAAUAAGACUGCUUCCAGGGCGCUGCACUGUGGCGACCUGCGGUGUUUUUCUUGUUGGCAUGUUGUCAUCUUUUGUCGUCCUUCGUGUAUUUUAUGCACUUUUACUGCAGUUUUUACGACUCGACCUGUUGUGUAUUACCAUGGCUUUGCCUGCAUGGAUUAUCGGACUUGCCCUGCUGAUUUUAAGCGCCUAUUUUAUUCAAGGACUCAAUCACGGUAACGCUGCGGGCAGCGCUGCAAUUCAAUACACUAGAGACUUCCUACUACAGUGUAAAUCUAAAGCUCCGGUCAACCUAAAAGUUGACUCAAUACCGAGCUUUUUGCGGACCCACUUUCACACACAAUCCAAACGAAAACGGGGGAAGAAAGGCGGAAUCAGACAGAGACUGAAAAGAAUGAAGAACAAACUUCCCCUGCCCACCUGCUUGCUGAUCAACGCCCGGUCCCUGAGGGGGAAAACAGAUGAAUUGACAGCAAAUCUCCGCCACCUCCACGAGUACCGGACUGCCUGUGUGAUGGCGAUCACGGAGACGUGGUUGGAUAGUCAAGCCCCGUCCAGUCAGGCGGAGCCGGCCGGUUUUACCGCAUACAGAAUGGACCGGGACUCCCGUGUCACAGGAAAGUCACAUGGCGGUGGUGUGUGUCUCCUCAUUCGGGACGAAUGGUGUGGAUCAGUAGUGUGGUCAGGCUCCAUGGAGAAUCAAGUCAGUGCCAUUUCCAAUCUCAGGGAGGACAACAGAGGUUUGACAUGUGCCCUAAUAGAUGUCAGACUGUAAUCCCACCCACGGUAUCUAAACAUCUCUUGCCUGCGUGUCCAGUUAACUGGUUGGAAUACAAGGACAUGUGUUACUUCAUUGGUCGCACAAAGCUGACCAUAUUAUCGGCCCUCAUCUCCUGUCGCCAAAACUCUUCUGAACUGGUUCAUACAGAGGAUUUCAACACACUGAUUUUUUUACGACCACACAUGGGUGAUGCGAGCUACUGGAUUGGCCUGAUCAAGUUAGAACACUGGUUCUGGAUGGAUGGCAGGCAAUUGCAGAAUGCAGUUAAGUCUUUCUUCAGUAAUACUGAUCAUUUGGAGAGAAGCUGUACCACUGUGUCCAAAAAUGCCAUUUUUGCAGAGAAAUGUGAUGCACUGAUGGGUUAUAUUUGUCAGAAGGAAGCCAAGACUUACGCUUGAUGAAAACAAUAUAAUAUUAUGCUGAUAUUUAGUACGUAUUUUCAGUUAUGUUUGAGAUCAGAACAAAAUUAUUUGAACAAAAGGAAAGCCCUGGCAUGUUUCAACAAGAACAAUAAAACGUGUGAAUGA